UGGUAGCUGGUCGUGCUGGUCUGGCUGGUCUAUGUGUUCAGUGACGUGUGGAGGGGGACACUAUACGAGGUCACGCACCUGCAACAACCCCCCACCAGCAUACGGAGGAGAUAUCUGUCUGGGACUACACACUGAAGAGGCUCUCUGUAACAUACAAUCGUGUCCAGAGAGUUGGUCUAACUGGUCCCUAUGGUGCCAGUGUGACAGUUCUGGCUCCCAGCUGCGGGUUCGACACUGUAAUGUCCUGUUCCCUACUGGAAACCAAUGUUCAGGAAGUCACACUGAGACCAGGGCCUGCCCACCUGACUCCAACGUUAUACCGGAAGUCUCCAUCGCUCGUUCCAGUCAGGAGGAGAGAAGAUGCGGAGAUUUCAACGUGUUCCAUAUGAUAAGCU